AUGGACGAAACAUUUCGCAAGGCCAAGGAAAGCUUUUGUGACGUGUACAACGAUGCUUCAGUUGUGAACUUCAUCUUUUCGCUUCUCAUCACUGGCGGUAUCUUCAUAUCCUAUUUGCCGCAAUACUUCCGUAUCUACAAGAAGCAGACAUCAGAAGGCCUUUCCGUCAGCUUUUUACUUUUAGGAUCAUGCCUGUCGAUAUUUACAUUCACAAACAUUAUUAUGAUCUCGUCAAGAGCACGGUAUUGUUGCCGUAUCGGUGCGUUGACGUUAUUCAAUUGUCUUAAUUCUCAGUUGAACCUUAUCCAGAUAGGCCUUCAAUGCACUUGUGCUAUUAUGAUCUUGGUGCUAGUGAUUGUGUUUACUAGAGGUUCCCUUAAGCAGGACCGUGACGAGUAUAAACGUAUUAUUCACGUUGGCAGACUCGUCUUGGUACACGGGGUGGCUCUGGUCAUUCAGAUCAUCAUUGCUUUCACCACGAACAGAUCAAUUCUUCUUUCUUUGGCGCAAUUGAACGGUCUUAUGUCUACGUUACUUACCGUUAUUAAGUAUGUGCCCCAGAUUAUCACGACAUAUAAACUCAAGCAUCCUGGUACUUUGUCUAUUGGCAUGAUGUGUAUCCAGACUCCUGGUGGAUUCAUUUUUACUGCUACGUUGUUUUUUACCAAGGGUUCUCACUGGAGCUCCUGGGUAUCUUAUCUUGUUGCUGCUUUGUUGCAGGGCACGUUGUUGUUGCUCUGUAUUUACUAUGAGUACAUUGACAAGUCUUCGAGCGAGGAAGAACAAAGAGCAGUCGAAAGAAUCAUAGAGGAGAACAGAGAAAAUGAAGAGCCCCGUGAGACGAGUCCAUUGGUUUAA